CCGCCCCCUCCCGCCCUCUCGGCGCCCUGCUCCCUUGUCCCGCUGUCCCCGCGUCUCCCAGUCCCGUUUAAAUCCCGAGCCUUGGCUCCAGCCUGAGGCUCAAGCCCUGCCCGCCGAGGGGACUCGGGAGCGCGGCGUCUGGAGCCCCGAAGGUCCGCCGCGACCUGCGUCCACCGGGCAGCCAUGCUGUGCCGCAGCUGCAUCCCAUCCAGGGCUGCCUUCCCAUGGUGAGGACUGAGCUCCCUUCUUGUCCGGCUUGCUCCGGCACCUCCCCUCCAAGGUGGCAGUCCAGGGAUGUGUUCCUGUGGAGGGUCACGACUUGCCGUGUGCCAGCCUCCAGAGCAUGUGGUACGUCAGCACCCGGGGCAUGGCCCCGCGCGUCGACUUUGAGGGAGCCCUCUUCUCCGGCUACGCGCCGGACGGCGGCCUCUACAUGCCUGAGGACCUCCCGCAGCUGGACAGAGAGACCCUGCGGCGGUGGAGCCUGCUCUCCUACCCCGGCCUGGUGAAGGAGCUGUGCUCCCUCUUCAUUGGCCCUGAGCUCAUUCCAAGGGAUGACUUGGAUGGUCUGAUCGACCGUGCCUUCAGCAGAUUCCGCCACCAGGACGUGGUCCGUCUGAGCAGGCUGGCGCGCGGGCUGAAUGUGCUGGAGCUGUGGCACGGGGUCACGCGGGCCUUCAAGGACCUGUCCCUGAGCUGCACGGCUCAGUUCCUGCAGUACUUCCUGGAGAAGAGGCAGAAGCACAUCACGGUGGUCGUAGGAACUUCCGGGGACACGGGGAGUGCUGCCAUCGAGAGCGUCCGGGAGGCGGAGAACGUGGACAUCAUCGUGCUGCUGCCCAAAGGCCGCUGCUCGUGGACUCAGGAGCUGCAGAUGACAACGGUGCUGAAGGACAACGUCUACGUGUUUGGAGUGGACGGGGACAGCGACGAGCUGGACGCCCCCAUCAAGGCCGUGCUGGCCGACGCGGCUUUUGUGGAGAAGCACGGUCUCCUGAGCCUGAACUCCCUCAGCUGGUCGCGGGUGCUGGUGCAGAUGGCCCACCACUUCUACGCCUACUUCCGCUGUGUGCCCUCCUUGGGCGUGUGCCCCCUGCCCACCGUGGAGGUGGUGGUGCCAACGGGGGCUGGUGGGAACCUCGCGGCCGGGUGCGCUGCCGUGAAGAUGGGCCUGCCCGUCCGCCUGGCGGCGGUGGUGAACCACAACGACAUCGUCCACAGAGCCAUCCAGCAGGGGGACUUUUCUCUGUCUGAGGCCGUCAGACCGUCCUUGGCGUCCGCCAUGGACAUUCAGGUGCCCUACAACAUGGAGAGGAUCCUCUGGCUGUUCUCCGGCUCCAGCGGCCAGGUGACAAGAGCCCUCAUGGAGCAGUUUGAAAGGACCCAAAGUCUGCAGCUACCUGAGGAGCUGCGCAGCAAGAUCUCCGAGGCCGUGACGUCUGAGUCCGUGUCGGAUGAGGCCAUCACCAGAGCCAUGGGCCGCUGCUGGCGGGAAAACCAGUACCUGCUGUGCCCUCACUCGGCCGUGGCCGUGAGCUACCAUUACCAGCAGACGGACGGGCAGCGGCCCAGCCCUCCCAGGUGCUGCCUCGCGCCUGCCUCCGCAGCCAAGUUCCCGGAGGCCGUUCUGGCUGCCGGGCUGACCCCGGAGACCCCAGCGGAUAUCCUGGCCCUGGAGCACAAGGAGACGCGGUGCAGCCCCAUGCGGAGGGGCGACGACUGGACCCUGAUGCUCCGGGACACCAUCGAGCGCCUGAGCCGGCGGUGGAGGGCCAGCGCCUCCCGGCAGGGCAGCCUGGCUGCAGGCGGCUUCCUUUAGGGGCGUCCCGGAGCUGGGCGGACCCGCCAAGCACGGCACCUGGCGGUUCCCAGGACUCGUCUCCACGGCGCUCGCCUGGACGCCAGGGACGUGGAGAAUAGACAUCCCGAAACAGUGAGGCCCGAGAAGAGGAAAAGGGCGUGAACGCAAAGGCCAGGCACUGAGGGCCUCCGCCCCUUCGCCCGGGGUUUCCCAGACUCCACUGCAGGGGGUGUUCCGUCACCUCCAGAGGCGGCCCUUGGUGGCUGUCCACAGGCCUUGACCGAGGCCCACAGCCCUGAGUGUCCAAGCAAACGGACGCACGCCCGCUAGGCCACCCCUGAAAGCAACCUGUAAACCCAGCCCCUUUCCUUGUCCAGUGGCUCGUUUUCCGCCAGGAGAGCGCGUCCCUGGCACCGUUGCGUCCCCAGCACCACUGCGUCCCCAGCACCACUGCGUCCCCAGCACCGUUGCAUCCCCAGCACCGUUGCGUCCCCAGCACCACUGCGUCCCCAGCACCACUGCGUCCCCAGCACCGUUGCAUCCCCAGCACCGUUGCGUCCCCAGCACCACUGCGUCCCCAGCACCACUGCGUCCCCAGCACCGUUGCGUCCCCAGCACCACUGCGUCCCCAGCACCACUGCAUCCCCAGCACCACUGCGUCCCCACCACCACUGCGUCCCCAGCACCACUGCGUCCCCACCACCACUGCGUCCCCAGCACCACUGCGUCCCCAGCACCG